GUGCUUGAGUUGUUUACAACAAUAAGGGAAGUAACGAAGGAGAUGUUCAAUCAGCAAACUGUAGCACAACCAACUCUAAAAACUGCGAGUGGAACCACAUUGGAUUCAGUCAUUAGCAGUUGUCAACAAUACGAAGUUCUUUAUCUAGGUAGGAUAAAGGUUAGUGGAAAGAGGGCCCCUCCGAGCUUCAUUGACGAUGCCGUUGAAAAAUUCAGGUUAUAUGAACUUGAAAAGGCACGAAAUCAACAGAACUCUGGCAGACGCCGACAUGGAAGUGGUGCUAGCAUAUCUAGUCUUCCUCAUAAUUUAGAUCUGGUUGAAAGGCCAUGUGAAAAUGGACUGAAAAAACAUUCUGGCAGCCGUGAAAAUUUAAGUAGUAGCAUUGGAGUGAGUUCUUGUGAGAGUAUCAGCUGUAAAACUUCUGAUACUUGUAGCCGUAUUUGCUGUGAUAGUUGUAAUGAACCUCAACUCCAAUCGCCGUUAAGUCCUUUGUACAGUUCUGAAGAGUUAGACAAAUUUCCCAAACCUGAUCGUUCACUUGUAACUCAUAGUCAAAGUAUGGACAUUGCUGCUGCAGCGAAAAUGACUGCAGAUAUGAAAAGCUCUGAUGCAAAGUGCAAUUUAAUGCCUCCGUCCUCUCUUAUUACCCAUACGCAGAGCUUAGAUGCUCCAGGUUGUGCUGAUAUCGUUCGUGACCUGAGAGACAUUGACCCGUCAGUAAUGUUACGGGAUAGGGUGCGAUCUUGUAGUGGAGACAUACCUAGAACAAAACAAACGUCUCUUCCUACAUUUGGUCACCGACUAGGAAGUGGAGAUUCUGACAUGCGGCGACCCCGUGCUUACACAAGUCCUAGUCCUUCCAGUAACCGCCAGUGCAAUAGGACCAUGCUAUUUUUGAUUGGUCGUUUAGAAAUAUGUCUUAUAGGAAUGGACAAAAAACAGAUGCUAUUGAGCAAAACCUUCAACGACAUCGCUCACUGUUCACAAGGUGUCAAGCACUUAGAUCACUUUGGUUUCAUAUGUAGAGAAACUACUUUAUCUGGUGCUGAUUGUUAUGCUGGCUAUAUUUUUCGUUGUCAAACUGAAAAAGUGGUGGAUGAAAUGAUGCAGACUCUUAAAUUAGCUUUUAGUCGAGCUCAUCAGAAUUAUCAACAACUUGCAUCUAAAAGUUCCCCUGUGCCGAAGCUUAUCGUUUGUGAUUCCUGUCCUAUGCAUUGGUUUCAUAUGCUUUGUUCAGAAGUUGAAGGUUUAUCAGCUGAAGGUGCUCAUCUCCGUAUUCUUCAUAGGCUGGGAAAUUUACCAGAUGCUGAUAAAGAGGAAAUAAUGGUUAAAUUUCAGAAUGCAGAUUUUAGUGAUGUUCAAGAGCAAAAUGAAGUACUUAUGAUGUUAUUACGAGAAUUUUCUGAACAAAAGCAGUUGAAGCAUAUUCAUGUUUUGAACAACUGUAAUGGAAAAAAUGAUUCGUUUUUAAAAGAAAAAGGAUCAAAGUUGGAUUCUUUUCGUCAAAAAGCAAAGAAAUCUAUUUCUAGUUCCCUUGAAACCAUUUUCAAGCUUACAAAUCGAGAUGAAUCAAAGGAGUCAGGUCUUUCUUUACAUGAUGAUAUUCCUGGCACUGUAAUGGAAGAUGCAGAGACUUUUAGCAAAGAUCCAGAUUCUCGAUCAUAUCGAGAAGGCAGUUAUGAUGGUGACCAUGCACCCUCGGGUCGAGUAUCUCCUUUGUUAACAAGGCCCCGUAGUUCCACCUUCAGCUCAUCUCGUGAGAUUAUUCACAGCUGCAAGAAGAAUAAUUCAAAACAUGAAAUGCAUAGAAAUAAUAGAAGGCCAAUUAUGAAUAUAUUCAUGAAGAGUGGGCAAAUAAAGCCACAAACACCAGAACAAGAUGAUUCAGGCCCAAAGGGGUCUUGGCGACAAGCAAUAUUUCACCGAGUGCAAACAAAUAUUCAUGAUGAUCAUGAAAGGAACCAUGAAACUGAGAGUCCAGGAGAAAAAGUACCAAAAAGGGAAAGGAAAAAAACUAAAGAAGAAUUACGUGCUUUGUGGAGAAAGGCAAUAAUUGAACAAAUUCUAUUGAUAAGAAUGGAAAAGGAAAACAAAAAUUUGCAAGUUAAUCAAGAUGCUGCAUCAUACAAGCGUAUGAAACUUAACUAUGAAGAAAUCACACCAUGCAUUAAAUCUGCUGCUAUUAAAUGGGAAGAAAUACUGAAUGAUCCAAAACAACAUGAGGAACUUAUGGAUGAAGGAAAAUUAAUGGAGCUUGUUAAGACAGGAGUGCCUCGUCAUAAAAGAGGAGAGAUAUGGCAGUUUCUUGCAGAGCAGCACCGGAAAAUAUGGGAUCAUAAAGUUCAGACUGACAUAGAUCUGUCUAUUCCUUACGAAGACCUUCUGAAACAACUAACUUCUCAUCAGCAUUCGAUUUUGAUUGAUAUCGGUAAGUUAAAUUGCUGA